AUUAUAAAGAAACCUAUGGACUUGAGCACCAUUAAAAAGCGUCUGGAACACAAUUACUACACAAAAGCUGCAGAAUGCAUUGAAGACUUUAAAACUAUGUUCUUGAACUGUUACAUAUAUAACAAGCCAGGUGAUGACAUUGUGUUUAUGGCCCAAGAACUAGAAAAAGUAUUUUUGCAGAAAAUAGCCCAAAUGCCACCAGAAGAAAAACUAGUGAUUCUCAACAAAGGAAAGAGAAAAGGAAAGAAGCCAGAAGAAACACAGCAAUUCAACCCUGGGACUUCAAACGAACAAACCACAAUGCAGAAACAAGCUGAAAGCAAUGAGCAGCCUCCAGUGAUGACUCAAGAGCUACAGCAGGUUACACUAGCUCCUUUGUCUGCAGCUCAGCUGACUGCUUUAAUGCCAGCUGCAGCCCGUAUAACAAAAGCAAAAAAAGGUGUGAAAAGGAAGGCUGACACUACAACUCCUACUACUUCAAUAUUCACAGCAAGCGGUGAAGCUUCUACAACAUUUAAUGAAAGAAAAGCUGUUAAAGCAUACAGAGGUGAAAAUGAAUGUAUGAUACCAAAUAAACUUCAGAAGAGACGCUUGCCAGAUUCUCAACAGUCACCUGAAAUUCUUAAAAAGAUUCAGUUGCCAGAACAACUAAAACAUUGUAAAGAAAUACUUAAAGAAAUGUUUUCAAAGAAACAUGCAGCGUAUGCGUGGCCUUUCUUAAAACCUGAUGCUGCAUUUUUCUCACUUGGUGAGAACCAAGGGAUCACCAAACACCCUACAGACCUGGGAACCAUUAAAAAGAAAAUGGAUAAUUUUGAAUAUAGUGAUAUACAAGAAUUUGCUACUGAUAUUAGAUUAAUGUUCAUGAGCUGCUACAAACGUAAUUCUCCAGACCAUGAAAUAGUUGCUAUGGCAAGAAAACUUCAGGAUGUUUUUGAGAUGCACUUUGCCAAAAUUCCCGAUGAAGCUGUUGCAAGUGUUCCUUUGCCACAGCCUACAAGAGAAAUGACAGAAGCUUAUUCCAGUGAGAGCAGUAAUGAUGACUCUUCAGAAGAAAAAUCAUCUGAAGACUCUGAACAAGAGAGAACAGAGCACCUUGCAAAGCUUCAGGAGCAACUUAAAGCAGUUCACCAGCAGUUGCGGGCUUUGACAAGAGCAUACUUACCUAGACUGAAAAAGAAAAAAGGGAAGGCUAAAAGGGAGAAAAGUAAAAACAAGGAAAAAGCUAAAAUAAAAAGCCUGAUUCAAAAGAAGAAAAAUCUAAAACACAAGAAGAAAUCUAAGAAAAAGCUGUCUUUAAACAUUCAAUCAAAGAAAACCAUGCAGCAGGUCUUGUUGGCACAUAAGUCAGAAGAUGAAGAUGGUGCCAAACCUAUGAAUUAUGAUGAAAAACGACAGUUGAGUUUGGACAUAAAUAGACUCCCUGGAGAUAAGCUUGGGAAGGUAGUCCAUAUAAUACAGUCAAGAGAACCUUCACUGAGGAACUCUAACCCUGAUGAGAUUGAAAUAGACUUUGAAACUUUAAAGGCUUCAACACUCAGAGAACUAGAAAAGUAUGUGGCAACCUGUUUGAGGAAGAGACCAAGAAAGCAGCGGGCUGAAAAAGCAACAAAGUCAAAACAACCUAAUUCCGAGAGGAAACAAGAGCUAGAGAAGAGACUACUGGAUGUCAAUGGUCAACUGAACCCAAAGAAGGAGAACUUCAAGUUUGAGAACAACGCUGAGUCCAGUAUGGGACCAAGCAGACUAAGCGACAGCAGUAACAGCAGCAGCUCCUUAGACUCUGGCAGCAGUACUAGCAGUGGUUCUGGUUCUAGCUCCUCAGAUAGCAGUGACCCUGAAUCAGUUACAGAAACCUGCUCAAAACAGACUGGAGCCAUGCAGAACUGUCCAACUUCUAUGGAAAAGGCUAAGAGAAUACCGCUGUGUUUACAGAGGAUAUCCUGCAAUGCUGUUCUGCAAGCACAGCCCUCACCUCUUACUAGUAGCUUGCAAAAUUGUGGAUCAUCUGAACUGCAGCAGCCACCUCCCAAUGUACUGCAGAGGCUCCAGCCUUUACAGAAUAGAUCAUUUAAACCAUCAGAACAAAACGCCCCGUCUCCCUCAGGUGUAAUCUCAGCUGUAUCUGCUCUGCAUGGUGCUCCAGACCAGCAAACUCCUCAGAGUACUCCAAGGACAAAUCAGUCUUCUGUCACCCAGUGCACACAUGCUUUUCCAGAGGUAUCCAAUGCAACUUCCCAGGUUGACAGUGCUGAUUGGAGUAAACAAGCUGAGAAAACAAUACAACUAGACAAAUCAAAUAAACUUCAGAACAAGGCCAGUGAGAGAACUGCUGAUUCAGUAUCCAUAAGUCAAGGACAGAGUCAUCGUACACCUAAUGAUAAACCUAAUGAUAAAAACAUGCUAAAGCUAAAUUCCAAAAUUCUUCCAAGAAAGGAUACAGGAUUUAAGAAUAUAGAUUCCUGGGUAAACUUAUGUAAAACAAUGAUGCUUCCAGCUCCAAUAAAAACAUCUGCUGAGAGUUUCAAACAGUUCAGGAAAGCAGCAUUAAAGAAAAAGAGUGGGCAAGCACAGGAGUUAAAAAGGCCUCCGGUCCAAGCCAAGAGGGAAAUGCACAACCUUCCUCAAGAAAAAGAGAGGUGCCAUGAAGGCACAGGAUUGAAUGCCAUGGCAGUGACAGACUGUGAGCCCCAAAAAGAAGGGCAUAAGAGCAAACAACUGCCUGAAGCUCAACAAGGUACUCUUGUUCAAGACCGUAAUUUGGCUAGAAAAAUGGAACAGGAACGCAGGAGGAGAGAAGCAAUGGCUUGUAUAAUUGAUAUGAAUCUGCAGAGUGAUAUUAUGGCAUCUUUUGAAGAAUACCUUGAGUGAAAGCUGUGGUUAAUAUAGAACUUCAACACUACUACAAACUACAACUUUGAAAAUGUACUAGUUAGAAGCUUAAAUGUUAAGACCACUUUAAAGAGCAUGUAAGCUCCUCUAAAAUGCUUAAUAUUAAAAGCUUGUUCAUUGACACCUGAAGCAUCACAAGAUCUUUUUGCUGCUUGUUUAUAAUAUAUGUAAUCUAGUCUGCUACACAGUGGAAUGUAGUUAUUUCAAUUACAGUUUCAUAUGUUGUGUGUGUAUAUAUAUAUGAGAAAAUAUCAGCUUUUUGAUUCUUUUCUCAUUUUUUUAAACCAAUUUUUUUCAGAAACACUUGAGAAUCUGUUAUACCAAGCACAGCCAAACUCUUGUUUGACUGUAUUAAAUCAUAGUAUGCUAAAUAUGCACCUAUAGAAACUACU